CUCAGUCCCAUCUCGGGGGGCGGGCGGGGGAGGCGAGGCGCGCGAGCAGAGCGCGGGGCACGAUGUCCGACGCGGGCGGCGGAAAGAAGCCGCCUGUAGAGCCGCAGGCGGGGCCGGGCCCGGGGCCGGGGCGCGCAGCCGGGGAAAGGGGCCUGCCGGGCUCCUUCCCUCUGGUCCUGAAGAAGCUGAUGGAGAACCCCCCGCGCGAGGCGCGCCUAGAUAAGGAAAAGGGGAAGGAAAAGCUGGAGGAAGACGAGGCUGCAGCAGCCAGCACCAUGGCCGUCUCUGCCUCCCUCAUGCCACCCAUCUGGGACAAGACCAUCCCAUAUGAUGGCGAGUCUUUCCACCUGGAGUACAUGGACCUGGAUGAGUUCCUGCUGGAGAACGGCAUCCCUGCCAGCCCCACCCACCUGGCCCAGAACCUGCUGCUGCCUGUGGCUGAGCUAGAAGGGAAGGAGUCGGCCAGCUCCUCCACGGCGUCCCCACCAUCCUCCUCCACCGCUGUCUUUCAGCCCUCGGAAACCGUGUCUAGCACAGAAUCCUCCCUGGAAAAGGAGAGGGAGACACCCAGUCCCAUCGACCCCAACUGCGUGGAGGUGGAUGUGAACUUCAAUCCCGACCCUGCCGACCUGGUCCUCUCCAGUGUGCCAGGCGGGGAGCUGUUCAACCCUCGGAAGCACAAGUUUGCAGAGGAGGACCUGAAGCCCCAGCCCAUGAUCAAAAAGGCCAAGAAGGUCUUUGUCCCCGAUGAGCAGAAGGACGAGAAGUACUGGACGAGACGCAAGAAGAACAACGUGGCGGCCAAGCGGUCCCGGGACGCCCGGCGCCUGAAGGAGAACCAGAUCACCAUCCGGGCGGCCUUCCUGGAGAAGGAGAACACAGCCCUGCGGACGGAGGUGGCGGAGCUGCGCAAGGAGGUGGGCAAGUGCAAGACCAUCGUGUCCAAGUACGAGACCAAGUACGGGCCCUUGUAACCCGUGCCCCUGCCCGGGCGCACUGCCUCACCUCAGACCUCUGCCUGGGACCCCUGAAACCCACCCCUGCGUGGAGACUUAUGACUCGUCGUGGGCGCAUGGCGGUGCACCUGCCCCAGGAGCCUUCACGUUCAAGCUUCAUUAUCACAUGGCCAGCACGGCUACUUCCCUGGGGGCCAGCCUCCUCCCUGGCGGGAUGCGAGAGAAUCUACGAGGUGGUGACUCAGCCUUAGUCUCUGUUCUUGGCUGUCUCAGUUGGACCGGAGGGGGACCUCUGGAGCAUGGGCUCUUCUUUUCCAGGGUACCCAGGCUUCCCUGACUCUCCCUGCUUCUCCAGCCUGGGCCGUCCAGGCCUGUCUCUGCAGAAUGAGUCAUGAUGGCUGUUGCCCUUACAUCUUCUCAGGUAGCAGGGCGCAUUUCCAGGCAGGGAGGGUCUGUUGUCCUCCCCAGAAAGUCUUAGAGAAAAACAUCCGUUCCCAUCUUCCUCAAAGGUAAAAAGACAUGCCAGCUCCUCUGUAGUGUCCACGUGGGUGCCAGGCCGCAGCGGCUGCGUGUCUGCACAGCCUGGGACGGGCUUUGCGUCUGGGCCUGCAACAGAAGUGCACCCAACCAUUCCUGGCUCCCUCACCCCUUUUCUCUGUGGCUCCGAGGCCUGGAAGGAGGAGGCCCUGGUGAGGGGUUCCCUCUGCGUUCCAUCCGCCAUUGGGGAGAGACUCCCAGGGUGGUGGUCUCUGAGCCUUGGUCGCCGUGCAUUAUCUCCUCUUCUCCAGGUCACUUGUGGAGGCCGCCUGAGUCAAAUUUGUCCCACCAGACUGGGCCUCUGGGCCUGCUGUUUCUUUUCAUCCAGUGACCAAGCUCAGAUCUUGGACUUAAAAGAAAAAGUCUCUUAACUUCCUGGAGCUGGGAUGCACCUUCUGCAUGGUGUUCAGAAAACCGGUCUCCACAGCCCCUCACACUGUAGGUGGGGAGCUGGGGCAUGUUUCUCGAGAAGCUCCCGCUCUUUCUUGCUCUGCUUUCCCGUGCGGGCCAGGCCCGAGUCCGCUGUCCCUGAAAAGCAGAAGAGGGCUUCCCAGUUCUGGCUUCAGGAUCCACCCCGUGCGAGCGGCCUGGAGGGCGUCACCGGGCAGGACACGUGGUCACCUGGUCGCAGCACCACUCUUUUGGAACAGCGGGCUCUUGGGACAUUUACAUAGGCUAGAGUCCCCUCGAUCUGGGUCCCAGGAGACAGCCACCCAUGCAAGCCUGGCUGUGGUGUGGUGCGGAGGGGCCCACCUCCCAGCUGCUCCUUUCUCUUGUGUCCAGCUGGACUCGUCCUUUGGCUCUGCCCGAAAGAUUAAUUAGGGAGAUCCGUGGAAGCGUCUGCUCGCUGUGGUCAGCUGGGACACCCAGAGAUGGGUGUAUUUAUUUGCUCAGGGCAGGCAGCCUGUGGUAAGCAGGGGUCAGAGGUAACGGGCACACUUUGUCACAUUCACCACUGGCUUUAUUUAAAGUGGUGGCUUGGAGUCCUGGGCCUUGACCCCUAAAGACUUUUCAUAACAGAUGUUAAGAGCAGGGGAAGCCAUCCACUGGCCGUGGACCACACCCCAGGGGAACGCCACGGCCUUCCAGGGACCUGCACACCUGUCUCUCCAGGGGACUUGACAAGGGUCCCUGAGGCCAAGGGAUGUCAGCGCCCUCCCUGCAGGCCCCUGACUUUUACUUUGUGGUUCUAUGAAAACCGUGUUCACACUUUUCACUCUAUUGUAACCACAACAGGGCAGUUGCAUCCGGCAUGUCAGUGUCCUGCCCUGGGCAGCUCGCCCGCCCGGGCAUACUCCCUCUGGUCUGGCCACCCACCAAGAGGUAGAAGAGCCACCAGCUUAAAAUCUCUUCAUUUUCUUUG